AUGAGUAAAAGUGUUGGUGUUAACGAAAAUGGUAAAAUUACUAAUGAUGACUCUGAAUCACUAUUACUUAGGAAAUAUGGUGUGUGUGAGAAAAAUUGCGUUGGUAAAGGAGCAACAGCCGUUGUUCGUCUUGCUCAUAAAUUUGAUAAUUCAACUUGUGAAAGAAUUUAUGCUGUCAAG